AUGGCGGUUAGCUCCUUUGCCCGCAUGCUCAAGGGCCAGGUCCGAUCAUACUCCGCACCGCUGGACAUGGCCAUUCCGCCCUCCAAGCAGCGCUAUAUCCCCACCUCCGGCUCCUACCCCAAGGGUUUCCUAGUCUCCGGUACUCACGUCGGCGUCAAGGCCUCCAACACUCGAUUCCCUGACCUAGCCCUCAUCGCUUCCGAGACUCCAUGCUCCGCCGCCGCCGUCUUCACCACGAACAAGUUCCAGGCUGCGCCGGUCCAGGUGAGCAGGGAGACCUUGCGUACUCGCAACGGCCAAGGCAUUCGUUCUGUUGUGAUCAACUCGGGCUGCGCCAAUGCCGUGACUGGAAAGGGUGGUCUAGAGGAUGCGGUCCAGAUGGGCCGUACCGUGGACCAGUGCAAUGGAGUUGAGAAGGAUAGCUCUCUGGUGAUGAGCACCGGUGUCAUUGGACAGCGCCUGCCUAUCAGCAAGAUUCUCGACCGCAUUCCCACCGCGCACAACAACCUUGCUUCCUCGCACGAAGCAUGGCUGACCACUGCCCCUCCUCUCCCGCGAAUUCACACUACCCUCUUCCCCGGCCAGACCUACCGCCUCGCCGGUAUGACCAAGGGCGCCGGCAUGAUCCACCCCAACAUGGCCACUCUACUGGGCGUUCUGUGCACCGAUGCCGCCGUUGAGCCCGCCGCUCUGCAAUCCAUUCUCAAGCACGCCGUCUCCCGCUCUUUCAACUCUAUCUCUAUUGAUGGCGACACCAGCACCAACGACACCAUCGCUGUACUUGCCAACGGUGCCGCCGGCGGCAACGUCGUUCCUGCUUCCGAAACCCAUGAAGACUAUCAAGCGCUGCAGACCGUCCUGACCGACUUUGCGCAGGAGCUCUCGCAGCUCGUCGUUCGCGACGGCGAGGGCGCGACUAAGUUCGUCACUGUCCGCGUGCGUAACUCCUCUGAUUACGAGUCCGCUCGCCUGAUCGCUUCCACUAUUGCCCGCUCUCCUUUGGUCAAGACUGCUCUCUACGGCCGUGAUGCUAACUGGGGCCGCAUCCUGUGCGCCGUUGGUUACACCCAGGGUGUCCGUGAUGGCGUUGUUGUUCCCGAACGUACCUCUGUGAGCUUCCGCCCUGUUGACGGCAGCCCGAUCCUGAAGUUGCUGGUGAAUGGUGAGCCUGAGACUGUCGAUGAGGAGCGCGCUAGUGCUAUCCUGCAGAACGAGGAUUUGGAGAUCGAGAUCGACCUUGGUGGUGGUGAGAAGGCUGAGGCUGGCUGUGGAGGUGAGGAUGCGGUGUAUUGGUUCUGUGAUUUCAGCCACGAGUAUGUGACUAUCAACGGGGACUACCGCACCUAA